CCCUGGGCGACGGUCGGAGCUAGUCUUGGUCGGGGUGCGAGAGGCUGAGCAGCGGCCAUUACGGCGCAGCCUCUUGAGCGGGUGCCGUGUCGCCGCCUUUGGUGGCAGCCAGGUCCCUGUCCUCCUCGGCGGUGGUGUCAGUCCUCUGCCAGGGGACGGCGAUGGUUUGGGGGGUAACUUGCCCCCUGGUGACCGUGUGGAGUCAAGCACUUUGGGCCUUGGGUCAGCUCGGAGCUAGAGCAUGCAGUCCCUGCAUUUUAUCUUGACCCGGAGUGUCUUUGGCUACUGCUUUCUCUCCUCUCUUCCUCCUCCUUCGGCUCAGUGUUUGGGGCUUGACUAAUACGUGGAGAGCAAGCCGUCCACCCUGCCCUGGUAAAACCCAGCGCUGCAUAUUCAUAGUUGUUUUGACGGUUGUUAAAGCAUCGGAACAAUUAAGAGAUCUCAGAAUACCCGUCGAGCCUCCCCAGCCUCUGUGCAUCUUGAAAGCCGAGGCUGUUGCUUUGUUCUUCCGGUUGCCGGGUGCGGAGCUCUCUCCCUACCCUCCAUCCCGUCUGAAAGAGUGCGGGUCUUCCAUUGUUGUCGCUGUUUAAUUCUCCUGCGGCUUCUGGAGAAAGGCUGUAAGAUUGUUUUCGAAUGUGUGGAGAUGGAACCGUCCUCUGCACAGGGAAAAUUUAAAGGUUUACUGGUUAGGUAUGAAGAUUGUGAAAACAUUAUCAUGUAUUUUGAUUCUAUGUAAGUUCUGUGUAAUGUGAUGUGCCUCCCGCAUGGGCAUGAUGAAGUGGAAGGAGUGGAAGGCGGAAAUACUAAAUGAGAAGAAAGAAGAUCAAUAACUGAGAUGAUGUUCUGGAUGGUGCCUGGUAAAAUAUAACACAAAGAAUGAACCAGCAGUGGAAGAGAAAAAACUGCAAGCUGGCUGACAGCUGGUAAAGAAGAUGUUUUAUUUUUGUGGCAGGCAUCUGUGGGAUCUGUAGUAGAAAUGAUGGCUGGCUGUGGUGAAAUUGAUCACUCAAUAAACAUGCUUCCUACAAACAGGAAAGCAAAUGAGUCCUGUUCUAAUUCCACACCUUCUCUAACCGUCCCUGAAUGUGCCAUUUGUCUGCAAACAUGUGUUCACCCAGUCAGUCUGCCCUGUAAGCAUGUUUUUUGCUAUCUGUGUGUAAAGGGAGCUUCAUGGCUUGGAAAACGAUGUGCCCUUUGUCGACAAGAAAUUCCUGAGGAUUUCCUUGAUAAGCCAACUUUGUUGUCACCAGAAGAACUCAAGGCAGCAAGUAGAGGAAAUGGUGAAUAUGCAUGGUAUUAUGAAGGAAGAAAUGGGUGGUGGCAAUAUGAUGAACGCACUAGUAGAGAGCUGGAAGAUGCUUUUUCCAAAGGUAAAAAGAACACCGAAAUGUUAAUUGCUGGUUUUCUCUAUGUUGCUGAUCUUGAAAAUAUGGUUCAAUAUAGGAGAAAUGAGCAUGGACGUCGCAGGAAGAUUAAGCGAGAUAUAAUAGAUAUACCAAAGAAGGGAGUAGCCGGACUUAGGCUGGACUGUGACGCUAAUACCGUAAACCUAGCAAGAGAGAGCUCUGCUGAUGGAGCGGACAGUAUAUCAGCACAGAGUGGAGCUUCCGUUCAACCUUUAGUGUCAUCUUCUGUAAGGCCCCUAACAUCAGUAGACGGUCAGUUAACAAGCCCUGCAACACCAUCCCCUGAUGCAAGUGCUUCUCUGGAAGACUCUUUUGCUCAUUUACAACUCAGUGGAGACAACGUAGCUGAAAGGAGUCACAGGGGGGAAGGAGAAGAAGAUCAUGAAUCACCAUCUUCAGGCAGGGUACCAGCACCAGACACUUCUAUUGAAGAAACCGAAUCAGAUGCCAGUAGUGAUAGUGAGGAUGUAUCUGCAGUUGUUGCACAGCACUCCUUGGCCCAACAGAGACUUUUGGUUCCUAAUGCAAACCAGACAGUAGCUGACCGAUCAGAUCGAUCAGGAGCUGAUCGAUCAGUAGCAGGGGGUGGAACAGUGAGUGUCAGUGUCAGAUCUAGAAGGCCUGAUGGACAGUGUACAGUAACUGAAGUUUAAAUAAAAAAAUUUUCAGAUCCAUGCUCAAGGUUGAAAUGGUUAUCUGUAAAAUUCUGCCCACAUAACAUUAUACUCAUCCCUAGUGGUACAUUUUGGGACUUGGGUGGGAAGGGGUUUGGGAAGAAUAGAUCUGUAAUUAAAAUGUUUAACAUGUCUCUGUUGAGAAAUGUAUUUAAUGUAAGGAACUUGGGUGUUAAUAGUUGAGAGCUGUUUAAUAAUAACCCAGUUUUCUUGAGUUCUGUUUGUAGUUUGUUUUGGGUUUUUUUGUUUGUUUCUUUAGUUCUUUUGGCCAGUGUGUGUGUGUAUUAUCUGUGCAUUAAUGGUCCUCAUCUGACGCUUGCAUUGUCUUAUUUUUCUGCAUGAAUUGGCAUAAACCAUUACUAAAAUUUGGCACUUAUGAGAUCUUUGAUAUAAUGAGCAGGAAGUAUAAUUUAAUGUGAGAAUAGAUGUGAAUUUGGGAUUUUAAAAUAGAUGAAUAACAACUAUUUUGUAGUACAGUUAUUGAAAUGGAAAUGUAAAGAAAACAGCUAAUAAUUUAUGUUUUGGAAUCUUUGUAACACACUUCAUGGCAUUACCAUAGGCUUUGCUGUCUAGUCCUUGUAGUUUGAGUUUCUCUUGGUCUGCAUUUUUCUUUUUGAUUACAAACUUUAUAAUUUAAUAAAUUCUAGAGUUUAUCAAAAAA